AUGCUUGAGGUUAGCUUGCCUGGACAUGGAAUUAAGGCAAAACCACACAUUGAAUCAAGGUUAAGAACUUUCCAGAAGCUGCACAAUGUUGUGCAUGACAUGUUGUAUGGAGUUGGUAGCAGCGGUUUUGGUUGGGACUCAGAAAAAAAACUUAUUACGGCUGAGAAUUCCGUGUGGGAUGAAUAUAUUAAGACUCAUGGAGAUGCAGAACAAUUUAGAUACAAGUCAUUAGCUUACUAUGAGGAACUUUCUGUCAUUUUUGGUGGAGACCGUGCAUCUGGGAAAGAUGCUCAAGUUCCUGUUGAUAUUGUGGAAGAAAUAGACAAAGUUACAGUUGAUAAUGAUAAAAGUAUAGGCGUUGAUGGGGAUUAUGCUUCAUAUGGCCAAGAUUUCAUAAUUGGAUCAAACGAAGAGAAAUCUAAGCCAAAAAGGAGAAAGACCGAGAGCAUUAAAGAUUUGUCUCAUGUUAUUAGAGAGGCGACAACUAUUCUUGGGGAAGAACUUAACAAUGCAAGUAACCGAUUAAGUAAAGCAUUGGAAUAUGAUGAAGGCACUGAAAAAAGAAUGAAAAUCAAUGAGAUUUUAACAAAGUUACCUGGGCUUAGCAUGUUGGAGCGACACAAAGCGACAAGAAAAAUUGGUUGUGAUCGUGAGAUUAUAGAUAUUUUCUUCACCAUACUAGAUGAUGAGAAAGAAGUUUUUGUGAAAGCAUUAUUGAAAGGAGAUAUUUGA